UUUGUUUACAAAGGUUGUGUUUGGUUUAAUUGAGACGGGGGGUUUAGUUUGACGAAGCAAUAAUAAAAUGCUGAAGGAUUUACAACAAUUGUACGAAAUGCACGCGGAAGAGCUGGAACAUGUGAAGAAGAGUAUUACGAAAUAUCUGUUGAAAAUAGAUGCAGUAUAUGAUAAAUUUAUUAAAAACAAGGAAGCGCUUGAACAACAGAAUGCAAUCGCUAUGAUGGCCUAUGACAAAUACUUCACAAUACUUUCGAACAUGCUAGAAGUCGCGCGUAAAUUUAAUUUUCAUUUAUUUGUAAAUGAUCUGGAUAAGAAGUCGACGCGUAUCUUGUUUGAAGCGUUGGAAUCAUGUGAGCGGGAAGCACAUAUCAAAUCUAAGAUGUGCAUGGAAGAGGAGCAACUCAGUUACGACUAUAAAAAUUUAUCUAUUCUACCUGCUGAAGAAAAUGAGGACAUAGACAAGGAGCUGUGCGCUGUAGAAUAUUUAAAAAAGGAUAUAUCAAUAUAUAAAGUAGGAAGUUUGAUAAAAGCCUCAAUUACCUAUAUUCUUGACUUGGAUGCUCUGUAUUUUUAUAUAUGUGAUGCGGAAUCUAAAGACUUUCAACAAAUCGCAAAUUUGAAGAGUAUGAUCCAUCUUAAGCAGUAUACUGGAUUUCCACAGGAAGAUGAAGUUUUCGGUCUUGUACUUGAUAAUACAAUUCUCCGUGCUAUACGCAUAAAAUCAAACGAAAAUAAAACACAAGUAUUACUAUUAGACUUUGGUGAAACAGCCACAAUAACAGAAGCAGACGUAACUUACCGUUUACCAACAGAAAUACAACGUAUACCUGCCCAAGCAAUGUUAUGCAAAUUGACGGGAAUCAAUGGUCGUAAGAAUAUACCGCAAAAACAGUUGCAAGUAUGUUUACAAGAAUUGGAAUAUAUGAGCACAAAUUUCAUCCUAAAAUCUAAAAUAGACAGAGAGGGUACAUUGAUAUUGGAACUCUAUGAAGAAACAUCAAUGAUAACACCGUUGACACCCUCGUCGGCAUCAAUAGAAGCUUCAAAUAACAGCAAAGAAAUUGUGGAAAAAACAAACAACACAAAUCCAUUUAAAAAUACUACGGAAUUCACCAUUGAUGACAGUGAUGAAGCUAUACCUCUGUCUGCAUUAUCCAACAAUCCAAUAUUUACCGAGAGCAAUGGCUUGACCGCUGAGGAGAUGGAUAUUUUGGCUGAAGAACCACUCAAUACAUCCAACGCAAUGAAAGCGGUUCUGGGUUACAGCCCAAAAGACGAAAAACGCCUUUGCCGUUUUUAUGAUCCGGAAACUGGUGCUUGUUUCAAGGGCGCCAAUUGUCGGCUAGAGCAUAGUCCAUCACAACCAGAGGGAUGGACUAAAGACAAUAUACCAACAAGAACUAUAAUUGAUGAUUAUUCACCAGUGACACGUUAUUCAGCCGGCCUUAUGAUAAAUAUUACUGUUACGCAUGUGGGGCAUAUUGAGUAUUUUCACGCGCAAAUAAAUGAUCCAGAAAAUAUUAUGGAACCGCUUAUAUGGAAUGAUGAUGAUAUACCGCAAAGUAUGCAUUUGACUAAGCCACCAAUGUUGUACGAUCUGGUUCGAGCUCAAUAUGAAGAUGGACUGUGGUAUCGCGCUAAAAUCAUGGCUUUUGAUGAAUCUGCUAAAGUCUUCAAAGUAUUUUAUGUCGAUUAUGGUAAUUAUCAAAAUGUCAUGAUCAAGCAAUUAGCAUAUUGUGAUCGGUCAACGGAGCAUUUCCCAUUUCAAGCAGUACUGUGUAGACUAGCAGACAUUAUGCAAAAUUCAGAAGCAUCUGUUGAUUUGCAUGAAAAUGGUAUUCGUACUCUAAAUGCCCUAAUUCUUAAUCAUACUUUCGAUGUCAAGGUUGUAAGUCAUGAUGAUGAUUUAAUAGUACGAUUCAUGGGAGCGCCAUACUCUUCUUUUCCAAAGAGACUUAUUGCAAUGGGUUGUGCUAAGCAAUUCCAUUCAAAUGUAUCCAGUGAUACAAAAAUUACUUCCGUCACCAAAUUCAAUUCAUCUAUUUAGUUAUAAAUGUAAAUACAAUACGCCUAAUUAAAAUAUUAGAGUACGAUAUUUAUAGGAAUCUAAAGAUGUAAUAAACAUGUUAGCU